CCUCAAUCUUACACGGCCGCACGCACGCACCGCCCUUUCAUCCCUCCUAUUCAUCCGCGCCGUCCCAUCGACAUUGCUGCAGACACACUACACACACGCUGACCUCGGAGACCAAGGCCCCUUUCCCGCCGUCAGCGCUCCUGUCUAGCUGCUGAGCCGGUGACGAGGGCGAUUGCCGCCUUGUAGGGCGGUCGUCGCGAUUACUGUAGUCGCUUGUCCUCCUUCCAUCCAUCAAUAAUCAACGACUCUGCGAUCAUGACUGACGCAGACUCAUCCAGUGGAUCCAUCAAGGUCCACAACAACGCCGAUGCCGACACAUCGACGUCGUCUACUGGAGUACCGAGGACCCUUGAAGACCUCCAGCAUGAGGUUUACGCCCUCUUUCAACAAUUUGUCGACGACGACGAAGAUACCAAAGUCGGAGAGCCUUCCCCCUCGUCACCGUCACUCCGCACCGUAGCCCUCCGCGACCUACCUCGCCUCCUCAACGAAUUCGAGCGCAAGAGAGGCACCCCUCUCGUAGAGGACGAGUCCCGUGCCCAACUUGAGGAAUUCUGCCAGCAAAUGCCAGACCAAACCGUGGCUUGUGAUGAUCUUGCCGGCAUGAUAUUCGGCCUCGAGAGUGCAAGGACGGCAACAGCGGCAGCGCCUACCUCCAGCAGCGACGAUGGCGAGAGUGAGGAUGACGCUGAGACAUCCAAUUCGGAGUCGUCCCUGUCGCCUUCCUCGACCAACAACGAGCUUCCCCGUGCUGAUGUGCCACGCUCUUUCAGCCACUCGAUGGAUAUGACUAUCGGCGCCAGCGGUGGGCCGAAGAGUAGCUCUCCGUCUCGCCCUCCUCGCAAUCGUACCACAUCAGCUUCAGCAGCCGACAUUUCACCAGCAAAGGGCAUCAUCAAAGGCAAAGGCAGCAAAGCCCCUCCGAGCUCGUGGUCUCGCCCGCGACCUCAAGCUCUCGCUGGCAGAAACAGACGCACAAGCGAGACGAGCCAAGAGAUAGGGGAUCGUCGCGCCUCUCAGCCUUACUCGGGCGUCGCCUCCUCCGACGUAGGAGGAUACCGUAGCACUUCAGCUGGCUAUGUCUUCCCUCGCGCCUCCUCGCCGGGCGACGACGAGUGGUACGCGGAGCAACACGCUAGGCACAUCCGCAACAUCAGUAAUGCUUCUCGCGGCGCGUCUGUUGGCGUAGGUGGGGGCGGAGGCUCCCGGCCCGCCAGCCCAGAGCUCGACCAUCAGAGCUUCCACGCCUUUGCUGCUCUGGGUAGUCCCAUCAGUCCCGCACCAGGCAGCGCGGCCGGGAAGAGUGCUGCGGGUGAAGGCGCAGAGCUGGAGAGUUUGCAGCGACGAUACGACAACCUGGUGCGCGUGCUGCAGGAGAAGGAGCGCAGCUUUGAGUCCACUCAAAACUCCCAGGAGACGACGAUUGCCGACCUAGACACGCAAGUUGAGCAGCUUCGCGAGCGGAUCCAUACUUUGACAAAGAGCAAUGACGAGCAGCGCACGAAAGAGCGACGCUACCUCGACGAGAUCAGCCGAUUAGAGGGUGACCUGGCCACAAGUCAAAAGCGGGGUGACCAUGCCGAGCGAGUGAAAGAAGUCAUGCAACAGGACCUCGCUCACCGCGAAACGACCAUCGUCAAUCUGCAAGGCAAAAUCAACGACCUACUCGAGCGAGUGGCCACCGCAGAGCGCGAUGAAGCCGACCACUACGGUCGAGCACAGGCGCUUGGUGAGGAAGCGGAGGGCCUUCGCACGCAGAUCGAGCAGCUGAGGGGUCAGGUGCGGGCAGCGGUGGAGAAGGAGGCGAAGAUCGAGGAGUUGGAGAGUGAGCGUGAGGCCCUACGUGCUCAGAUGCGCGACUUGCACUUGGAGCUCGAGGAGGCGCGCAGGGGGUCCGGCUUCCUGCCGGCAGGGCAGAGGGGGCUUAGUAGCCAACCUAGCACAAUUGGGGGCAAAGCGGGAGCCUCGUUGGGCUCGGAGCUCAAGGGCAUCUUCAGAGGGAUGAGUAGCGUCGAUGAGACGGGGGACGUCCCGGCUGAAGGGAGCGGUGGAAGGGGAAGGGACUUUGAUGGCGAGCAGACGGUCACAGACUCGGAUGUCGGCUCGUCGACUACGGAUCCUGAUGCGAGCAUGGAGAGUGUGGUGGUCACGACGACGCGGAGGAGACGACGGGCUGCGGCCAGUAGCAGUGAAGCAGGCGGUGCCUCAAGCUCAUCCCGCGAAUACCGCGAGACACAAUCGCAAACGGAGCAGGGCACCGGUAGCGGGCAUCUCGCACCGCCAUCGUACGACGAGGCAGCGACGGAGAAGAUCAUUCUGGAGCGGCUUCAUCCUGCACCCGAGGCUGGGUCGGGGCCACUCAGCCCUACUUCCCUCGUCGACGUUAUUGAUACGGCGACGCGCAAGCCGGACACAACCCUCUUUUCCCAAUACGAGGCUAUGGCGCACAAGGUCGGGGUGAGGUGCACCGUACUGGAGGACGCACUACGCCGUCAGCCUACGGAGGCUGCGAGUGGAGGUGGGCUAACAUCGACGAUUCUGCAGAUGCUUCCACCAGCCACGCAGCUCCGCCUGCGAAGCAUAGCUCAGACAACGACCGGCACCCGCUCAGCCGACGCCAACCGUCGUUCCAAGGCCUCCUCUGUCUCAACGACUCAGUGGUUUUGCAUCUGGACGGGCAGCGUGAUGCUCGUCGGCGUGCUGAUUGGGAUGGUCCUCAUCUCUCAACAGUCACCCUCCAUGCUCAACACUGCCACAAAUCAGCACGGCACGCAGCACGAUCCAUGGGGCCUCGGCGUUGGGCUGGACAGCUCGCUUGACUGGCACACGGCCAAUUCGCUCAACUACGGUGUUGGGAGCACCAGGAUAGAGUAUGCGGGGCAUGAGCCUGCUAGUAGUGCGUUGGCCAAGUUGAUGAGGAUGCUCUACCCUAGGGCGAGGGUGCCGAUGAGGCCGAGAGGCGUGCCCAUUUGAGCGAGUGUGGUAGCGGCGAGCUCGAUUCAUGUCUCCUGUGUACUAUACGAUCCGUUCCUUCGACGCGACGACAGGCCAAGAUCGUGGCGCCCCACACUCACUACUCUAGUUUACUAAUUUCGAUACCAUGACUCUCUCACCG